AUGACCAUAGCGGAAUUCUUGAACGGAGAAGAGGGUGGAGUGGAGAUGAUCUCGUCCCUCCCCACCUCCUACAACGUGGUGGAUCAACUCAAGCUCACACCCGUGAGUGCGAGUGUGUGGAACUACAUCAAGGACAGCGAUAAGGAUAGAAAGGAGUUGUUGGAGGCUUUAAAGAAGGGGGAUGAGGAGAACGAGGAGGGGGCAGCUGCUAUGCAAGGGGUGGCAAAGGUAGUGGCAGCCGCACCGGUGGAGGCUAAGGGGAAGGAGAAGGAGGCACCUAGAGCUAGUAACCUGUUUUUUCAGAUCCCACAGUGUGAUGUGUAUCUCGGGAAGCAUCGGGUGACCGCGAUAGUUGAUUCGGGAGCCUCUCAAACCGCCCUCUCCCACGUGAUAGCUAGAAAGCUCGGGCUACUACCGUACAUCCAGGAUACCACCAUAGAGUUCACCACCUCUAGCGGGGAGACUUCGAAGCCGUGGGGAGUUUUGCCGGACGUGCUGGUUAGAGUAGGGAAGCUGACUCUGCCGGUGGACAUUGCAGUGACGGGAGCGAACACAUACGAUAUGCUCCUAGGGCAGGAUUGGAUCUACUCGGCCAACGCGGAUAUCUUGACUAGUAAGGGGAAGAUAGUUUACCAAGUUAACACCACGGAGACCGACUCGGUCCCCAUCACCACAGGACCAUUGGGUGGUGGUGGCCGCCCCUCCUAUGUGCUCCUCCCCUCCCAUACAACCCACAGGAACAUCAACGAGGAGGAUGAGGAGCGCAUCAAGGAAUGGAUGGAGGAGCAGGACUUCCUCAAGUGGACGGAGGAGAGGAGGGUAGCCAUGGCAGAGGAGGAAGGGGGAAUGGAGUUGAACGCGGAGGAAGAGGAUGAGUACUACCUAUGGCUAAGGGAGCAAGAUGAGGAAGGGGAUAAGGAGGAGGCAUCGAGUGAGGAGGAAGAAGAGGAGGAGAAGGAGCUUAAGGUGGUGGAUGGAGAAGAGGAGGCUUGGGGAUAUGACUUUGGGAGCCCAACGGCGGAGGAGGCCAAGUGGGAGGGAGAUUCCAUGGUGGACGGAGAGGAGUAUUUGGAUUACGAGUGGGAAGAAGGGGAGCUGGUUUAUGAUAAGAGGAGGAAGCCGAUAAGCACGGACCAUUUCUUCGAGAUGUACAGCUACCCGGCAGCAGAGAAAUGGAAUUACGUGGCAGUCGAGAGUGGGGACGAGGGGAGGAUCAUCCUAGGUAGUUACUACACCCUCAAAAAGGAUGGUGCCUAG